AUGAAUUUUGACAGCUGUCACGAAAACUUUGGAUUUUCCUAUGGUAAAAGCACAGCUUGUGCUGCUUGUGAGAUCCAUUUCCAAGCACUCCACAGAACUGCUGCUUUCACAGCAGUGACGCAGUUGUCGCUCUUCAAGCAGCAACUCCUCCUAAUCAUUGUCAGGCCUUUCCUUACAGAAGAACAUUAUGUGACACACAAAGAAUAUUUGAGAACUGGAUAUGAAGAAAACGGUAUCAAGAAGGUCAUCUUCAUUUUGUUCACAGGAUUGAAAAAGCGUACAAGGAAGGCCUUUGGAAUACGGAAGAAGGAAAAGGACACUGAUUCCACAGGAUCACCAGACAGGGAUGGAAUUCUUCCCAGCCCUCAUCCUCAUGAGCCACCCUUCAAUAACAAACCAGAGUGUGCACGUGAAGGAGGAAAAAAAAUUUCGAAGAAAAGUAAUGGAGCUCCAAAUGGAUUUUAUGCAGAGAUUGACUGGGAAAGAUAUAAUUCACCUGAGCUUGAUGAAGAGGGAUACAGCAUCAGACCAGAAGAACCAGGCUCUACCAAAGGAAAGCACUUUUAUUCCUCAAGUGAAUCAGAAGAAGAAGAGGAGUCACACAAGAAAUUUAACAUUAAGAUUAAGCCUUUGCAGGCUAAAGACAUUCUUAAGAGUGCAGCAACUGUAGAUGAAUUGAAAGCAUCAAUAGGCAACAUCGCACUUUCUCCAUCUCCAGUGAGGAAAAGUCCGAGGCGCAGCCCGGGUGCAAUUAAAAGGAAUUUAUCCAGUGAAGAGAUAGCAAGACCUAGGCGUUCAACACCAACUCCAGAACUUGUAAGCAAAAAAGCCCCAGAUGAUCCUUCAGCCCUCGCCCCACUGUUUGGCCCACCACUGGAGUCAGCAUUUGAGGAACAAAAGUUGGAAGCUCCUUUAGAUCAGACAGAGAUAUGGGGUUCUGUCCAGCCAGUGAAUUCCAGUCUAGAUUCUCCAAAGCUACCAAGACCUUUUCCAACUGGAACACCUCCACCACUUCCACCAAAAAACAUUCCAGCUACACCACCUAGGACUGGUUCUCCCUUAACAGUUGGAAUAGGAAGUGACCAGACAGCAACAGAGGUCAAAAGUGACAAACUACCAUCAAUCAAUGACUUGGACAGCAUUUUUGGUCCAGUAUUAUCCCCCAAGUCUAUUGCUGUUAAUGCAGAAGAUAAGUGGGUCAAUUUUUCUGAUCAGUCCCCGGAAAACGUAACAGCAGAGUUGACUUCAAGGGAAAAAGUGGUGUCCCCACCUGUGGCAUCAGAAAUCCCAGCUGAAUCUCCAGCUGUUGAAACCUCCCGCAAUGUUCCAUCACCUCUCAAUUUAGAAGAGGUUCAGAAGAAAAUUUCUGAGCAAACCCACGUUAAAGAUGAUAACUUAGAAUCAACAGCAUCUCCUAAAGAUUUUGGGUUGGGACAAAGAGCUACACCACCUCCCCCUCCACCACCUACCUACAGAACAGUGGUGUCAUCACCGGGACCCAGCCCUAUCAGUGGCACAGGAAGCACCAGUGGUUCUUCAUCUCCGGCUCGUCCAGCGACUCCACUGGCUGCCUGCAGCAGCACCACGCCACCGCCUCCUCCACCUCGGCCCCCAUCUCGGCCAAAACUGCCUCCAGGGAAGCCUGGAGUUGGCGAUGUGUCCAGGCCUUUUAGCCCUCCUAUUCACUCAUCCAGUCCUCCUCCGGUAGCACCUUUAGCCCGUGCUGAAAGUACUUCUUCCAUAUCAUCCACCAAUUCCUUGAGUGCAGCCACUACUCCCACAGUUGAAGAUGAUGCUUUUAUUGACAAACUGCCCACGUUUGAAAGGCGCUGUGAAACGCCUGCAGAGAAUGAACAGCCUUCCCUCGUUUGGUUUGACAGAGGAAAGUUUUAUUUGACUUUUGAAGGCUCUUCUAGGGGACCCAGUCCUUUGACGAUGGGGGCACAGGAUACCCUCCCUGUAGCGGCAGCAUUCACAGAAACUGUUAAUGCAUACUUCAAAGGAGCGGAUCCUAACAAAUGUAUAGUGAAGAUAACUGGAGAAAUGGUGCUGUCGUUUCCUGCAGGAAUUACCAGACAUUUUGCCAAUAAUCCAGCCCCAUCUGUUCUAACCUUCCGCGUGAUAAAUUACAACAGGUUAGAACACGUCCUGCCAAAUCCCCAACUUCUCUGCUGUGACAGUACACAAACUGAUGCCAACACAAAGGAAUUCUGGGUAAACAUGCCAAAUCUGAUGACUCAUCUAAAAAAAGUGUCUGAACAGAAACCACAAGCAACGUAUUACAACGUGGAUAUGCUCAAAUACCAGGUAUCUGCCCAGGGUAUUCAGUCUACUCCAUUAAACCUUGCAGUGAGCUGGCGGUGUGAAUCUACAAGCACUGAUCUUCGCAUUGACUACAAAUAUAAUACAGAGGCAAUGACUACAGCAGUAGCUCUAAACAAUGUCCAGUUCCUAGUUCCCAUAGAUGGAGGAGUAACUAAACUUCAAGCUGUGCUUCCACCUGCUGUUUGGAAUGCUGAACAGCAAAGAAUAUUGUGGAAGAUUCCUGAUAUCUCGCAAAAAUCAGAAAAUGGAGGUGUGGGUUCUUUGCUGGCAAGAUUCCAGCUGUCUGAAGGACCAAGCAAACCUUCGCCAUUGGUAGUGCAGUUUACGAGUGAAGGGAGCACUCUCUCCAGCUGUGAUAUCGAACUUGUUGGAGCAGGAUACCGGUUUUCACUCAUUAAAAAGAGAUUUGCAGCAGGAAAAUACUUGGCUGAUAACUAA